GUCCGGAGCCUUAGAAACCGGCCCCGAAUCGGGAACCGGAGCCGGAGCCGGGGCCGGGCGGGCGGCUGAGGCCCGAGCGGCGGAGCGCAGCGCGGAGCGCGAAGCCGGGCGCCCGGUCGCGAGAAACCGCUGCCGCUGCCGCCCGCCUGGCCCCGCAGCCCCGGGCGGUCCAUGGGGCCAGCGCGGCGUCGUUGCGGCCGCGGGCAGCCCUGGAGGGCAGCCGCUUAGGCGCUGCGCUCUUGUCCCCGCAGGUCGCAGCCAGGGCGGCCGGGCGCGCCCAGCCGCGGCCCCUGGAGCGCCCGCCGCGGUCCGCGCCUCCAUGGACGCCUUCAAGGGGGGCAUGAGCCUGGAGCGGCUGCCGGAGGGGCUCCGGCCGCCGCCGCCGCCGCCGCACGACAUGGGGCCGGCCUUCCACCUGGCCCGCGCCGCCGACCCCCGCGAGCCACUCGACAACUCCGCCAGCGAGUCGUCCGACACGGAGCUGCCAGAGAAGGAGCGCAGCGGGGAACCCAAGGGGCCCGAGGACAGCGGUGCGGGCAGCGCGGGCUGCGGCGGCGCGGAGGACCCUGCCAAGAAGAAAAAGCAGCGGCGGCAACGCACGCACUUCACAAGCCAGCAGUUGCAAGAGCUGGAAGCCACGUUCCAGAGGAACCGCUACCCCGACAUGAGCAUGAGGGAGGAGAUCGCGGUGUGGACCAACCUCACGGAGCCGCGCGUGAGGGUCUGGUUCAAGAACCGGCGAGCCAAGUGGCGGAAGCGCGAGCGUAACCAGCAGCUGGACCUGUGCAAGGGCGGCUACGUGCCGCAGUUCAGCGGCUUGGUGCAGCCCUACGAGGACGUGUACGCCGCCGGCUACUCCUACAACAACUGGGCCGCCAAGAGCCUGGCGCCAGCGCCGCUCUCCACCAAGAGCUUCACCUUCUUCAACUCCAUGAGUCCGCUGUCGUCGCAGUCCAUGUUCUCGGCCCCCAGCUCCAUCUCCUCCAUGACCAUGCCGUCGAGCAUGGGCCCGGGCGCCGUGCCCGGCAUGCCCAACUCGGGCCUCAACAACAUCAACAACCUCACCGGCUCCUCGCUUAACUCGGCCAUGUCACCGGGCGCCUGCCCGUACGGCACGCCCGCCUCGCCCUACAGCGUCUACCGGGACACGUGCAACUCGAGCCUAGCCAGCCUGCGGCUCAAGUCGAAGCAGCACUCGUCGUUCGGCUACGGCAGCCUGCAGGGCCCGGCCUCGGGCCUCAACGCGUGCCAGUACAACAGCUGACCGCCCCGCCGGGCCACGCGGGCCGGCGGCCGGCUCGGCCGGGGCGGGGGCGCGCGCGGAGGACGCGCGCAGGGCCUGGGCUAGCCGCGCCGCGGACCUCGCGCCUGCGCAGCCCCCUCCUCCCCACCUCCCCUCCUCCGGGUUGGUUUUGUGUUUGCUUUUCUGGACCCCACUCUGCCCUCCAAAACGAGACAAAACAAAGCAAAAAGACGUCGGAGAAAAGUGCCGCGAAAAAACGGAUGAGUUGCAAUUUCCCUCGGGAUGGCGCGGGUGGUGCGUGUUCGCUCCGUCGGGCCCCGGCGGCCACUCCGGGGAGGGAACGCGGCGCGGGCGGCGAGCGCCGAGGCGGGCGGCCCGGAGAGGACGCCCUCGCAGCCCGCGCGCCUUCCCGCCGCGCUGGACCCGGACUGCGGCCGCGCCUGCGAACUGGAGCGUGGAGCCCGGGCAAGCCUGGCCCCGGCCCCGUGCGAACCAGGAUGCCCCUCUGAGCUGGGCCCGGCCGAGCGUACCUUAGCUCGAUUCGGAUCCGAGUUGGAGCGGGCGUUGGGCCGGGGAUGACGGUGCCCAGCCUGGGAUCCGGGACUCGCCGCGGAGCCGCUCUAGCGGCCCCGGCGCGCCCCGAAGAGCCCUCGCCCGCCCCGCGCCCCGGAGUCCUAUUUUAAGGCCACGGAGCCGAGGUUGGCGGUGCGGACGAGGCGGGAGGGUGCGGAAGGCUCGUUUCCGACCUCCCAGAACCCGAGCCUCGGCGCAGGCCCUCUGCUCCGCUCCCGGGCUAAGAGGUCCUGGCGGCGAAAUGCCCCCUCCUCACUGCCCGCCGUGCAAGAGUCGAGCCGGGAGAGCUCGGGGCGCGGCCAGGGCCCCGCGCCGCGCCCACUUUGCACACCCGCUCUCCGGCCCGCACCCCU